AUGUCUGCUUCACUAGUUCUGAGUUCCACUCAAAAAAUACUAUAUCGAUUCGGCGGACCUCUGUUAAUCGCAAUCGGCAGUAUCAGUUGCUUAUUGAAUUUAUUGAUAUUCACGAAAGGUGCCUUGCGAAAAAACAAUUGCACCAUCUACUUUAUCGCUGUUAAUAUUAUCCAUGUUAUUUAUCUUUAUAUGGGUCUUUUGUUCACAUCGCUCUCAUCGGGAUACGGUAUUGAUCCAAGUGCUAAAAGCAUCGUAUUUUGUCGACUUCGCUUCUAUGUUGGCUUCGUCAUUUCGUGCUGCCAGUCAUCAUUGCUUGUUUUAGCAACGAUUGAUCGAACAUUAAUCACUUCACCAAAUAUUCGAAUUCGAAAACUGGCUGCACGUCGUAUGAUGAUUACAAUCAGCAUUGCCAUGUGUCUGUUUUGGUCUCUAGCUCAUACUCACGCACUACUUUUCACGGAAAUUCAUCAAAUUGAACCGGAUUCUUUUGUUUGCACAUGUCAACAAGGAAUAUACAUUAUAUUCAUUACUUGUUAUGUCGUUAUCAUCAAUGGAGUACUGCCACCUAUUCUAAUGACGAUUUUCAGUUGUUGGACGGUGAGAAAUAUUCACCGUUUACGUCGUAUGCAACGUUUGUCACGAAUAUCGUCGAACACUGGUACAAUAACAAUUGGAAAAUCAUAUAGUCUUCAAUCGAAAGAUCAUCAACUCAUACGAAUGUUAUUCGUCGAGAUUCUUGUGUAUGUCAUCUGCAAAAGUCCAUUAACUCUUCUCUUCAUCUAUUUACAAAUAACAAAUUAUGACGAUAAAACUACAGAGCAAGGCAUCUCAAUUCAUUCGCGUUCGGUCGAACCGACCCAACGUAUUGAUUGUUUUCCUGAUGCUGCCUCUCCCUAUUCCGGUUACUCGAAAAAAGCAUGUUUAGCACGAAAUUGUCUAUACGAUGAUUGGACACCACCCGGAGUCAAGCAAUGCUAUUUAUCACCCAAUUAUGGUUAUAUCUUGCGAGAAAGUCCUCGUGUAACAGCUAAGGGUAUGCAAUUCCGGCUACAACGUAAUGAAGCCGUUGGUAGUAUGUUUUCAAGUCCAAUAAGAAAUGUUGUCCUUGAUGUACAAUAUUAUACGGAUGAUAUCCUUCGAUUUAAACUAUAUGAUGAAGAUAACGAACGUUAUGAAGUACCUAUUCAAUUGAAUUCGCCGUCGGAUUAUAUUUCAUUGCCUCAAUAUGAAUUUAUCAAUGGAUCACUUCCAGCAAACAAUCGACUUUUCUCGUUUGCAAUCAAACGUCGAGCUAAUCAAGCCACAUUGUUUGAUACAUCGUUAGGUGGACUUGUACUGAAUGAUCAAUUUCUACAAAUUGUUACACGACUUCAAUCACCCCAUGUUUAUGGUUUAGGAGAAAAUAAUCACGAAACACUCAAACACGAUGUGAACGAAAGAAGAACAUGGGGAAUCUUCGGCCGUGACCAAGGAACACAUUGGAGUACAAAUACGAACCACUAUGGUUCGCAUCCAUUUUAUCUCGUCAUGGAACAAGAUUCGGAUGCAUCAACUAGUCCUACAGGUAACAUGCAUGGUGUUCUUCUGCUUAACUCGAAUGCUAUGGAUUAUUCCUUUGAACCAACACCGUCAUUAACUAUGCGUACCAUCGGUGGUGUCCUGGACUUUUUUGUUUUUCUUGGCCCUAAACCAGAGCAGGUCGUUCAACAGUAUACAUGGCUAAUUGGUCGAUCCAUCCUACCACCAUACUGGUCACUUGGCUUUCAAUUAGCUCGUUGGGAUUAUGGAAAUAUCACCCACAUGAAACAUGUCGUCCAACGAAAUUUAGAUGCCGGUAUUCCACUUGAUGUUCAAUAUGCUGAUAUUGAUUAUAUGGAUGCUGAGAAAGAUUUCACGAUUGAUCCUAUCAAUUAUCCAGGAUUGAAAGAAUAUUUUAAACAAUUAAACGAUGAUGGCAUACGAACCAUCGUUAUUUUGGAUCCAGGAACCAUUGAUGAUCAAGUCUAUUAUCAACCCACGAUUGAAGGUAUUCGUGAAGAUGUUUUUAUCAAAUGGGAUGAUGGACAAGGACUCAUGAAAGGCGCUUGUUGGCCCGGUGAAGUCUUCUUUCCAGAUUUCUUUACGCAACGAGCACAGAAUUGGUGGUCACGAUGGAUCAAUGAUUUUUAUCGGGUUAAUUUAACUUUUGACGGUCUUUGGAUUGAUAUGAAUGAACCAGCGCUAUUCGAUACGAACGAUGAAAAACCGUGGAAUUCAGCGGACACUCUCAGUAAUCAUACACUAAAAUGCCCAAAGAAUCUAUUGGAAGAUCCUCCGUAUCGUACAAAAGCUGUAUUUGGUUACGAUGCUGGUAUGAAUCGUCAAAGUCGUUUAUCAGAUCGUACACUUUGCAUGUCGGCACCACAAGGCGAAAUCGAUAGUAGAACUGGCAAACCCAAGUACCGUCAUUAUGAUGUGCAUAAUCUUUACGGAUGGAGUCAAACAAAACCAUCACUGGAUGCUAUGCAAAAAGCGACAGGCAAACGAAGUUUAGUCUUGCCGCGAUCUACGUUUGUCGGUUCUGGUCAAUGGAGUGGCCAUUGGCUUGGAGAUAAUGGUGCAACAUGGACUCAGAUGAAACAAUCAAUCAUUGGUAUGAUUGAAUUCAAUUGGUUUGGUAUACCAUUCAAUGGUGCUGAUAUUUGCGGUUUUGAUGGAAGACCCACCGAAGAAAUGUGUAUUCGUUGGAUGCAAGUUGGUGCAUUUUACCCAUUCUCUCGAAAUCACAAUGCUUGGAAAGGUCCGGAUCAAGAUCCAGCAUCAUGGUCGUCAUAUGCUGUCAAUGUUAUGACUUCGGCUCUACGCAUCCGAUAUACUCUUCUUCCGUAUUAUUAUACACUUUUCUAUAAAGCACAUACUCAAGGUUCCACGGUCAUUCGUCCAUUGUUUCAUGAGUAUCCGACAGAUAAGGCAACUUUUGAUAUUUCUUCACAGUUUUUAAUCGGCUCACAUAUGAUGAUUGUACCGGUCACCGAUGAAGGCGCACAGAUUGUUCACCCUUAUAUUCCUUCAACGCAUUGGUAUAAUUAUUACACUGGUGUCAAAAUUUCUGCUCAAAAGAAAACAUUCGCAAUUGCAGCACCUUUAGAAACCAUACCAAUCUUACUUCGAGGUGGUGCUAUCAUACCAACACAGGAAUUCGCUAAUAAUACUAAAUUGUCAAGAAAGUUACCAUUUGGUUUAACUGUUGUGCUCAAUUCGACUGGUGAUGCUGUUGGUGAUCUUUUCUAUGAUGAUGGCGAAUCUAUAGAUACCAUUAAGACGAACUCCUAUUUCUAUGCAAAUUUUACAUGGUCGUCUACCAAUGGUCAAUUGAUCAUCAACGUCAUUAAAAAUAACUAUCCUGAAAUGUCACAGUUAAUUUUAGACUCGCUGACCAUCUAUGGUCUCGAUGAAGUUCCCGAUACUAUCACUGUUGAUAAUAGAACAUUUCAACCGAGUAAACGAACCAAUACAGAGAUUAUUGAAGUCAAAGGAUUAAGAUUGGCUAUGGGUACAAAUUAUACAUUAAGCUGGAAGACUUCGGAAAAUCCAAUCGUGCAACCACCUUCUGCGGUUACUGAUGAUCCAAAAUAUCGCGUAGAUUGCUUUCCUGAUCCUAAUGCAAAUGAAAAUGCUUGUCGUGCACGUGGUUGUAAUUGGGAUUUAAGUAAAGGGCCAGGCAUUGUUGCAUGCUAUAUACCAAAGGAAAAAGGUGGCUAUGAACUGACACAAGGCCCAACACAACUGUCUGAUUCAGUUACACAAUAUUCAUUGUCUCGACGUUCAUCAACAGGCACUUCUCUAUAUGGCAAUGACAUUAAUCAAUUAGACGUUCAAAUCAACGUUUCAGGUGGUGAUAAAAUACGUUUAACAAUCAGAGAUGCCAAUGCCGAACGAUAUGAAGUUCCUGUACCUAUCCACUGGAAUUCCUAUGGUCCAAGUGAAUCUUCGCCGGUUCAAUUUCAUUUUGAAUUAACUCAAACACGUUCAGGACAAGUUGGUUUUCGCAUUCGACGUAACAAUACCGGUUCAAUUAUUUUCGACACAUCCUUCUUUGCCGAAGGCUUUAUCUAUGACGAUCAAUAUCUUCAGUUUAUAACAACAACUCCAUCGCGAAAUGUUUAUGGUUUUGGUGAAAAUACUCACAAAAGUUUUCGACAUAUUUUGAAAAAUUCAGAUCGUUACGGUAUAUUCGCCAGAGAUCAACAACCGUUCGGAGGAAACGAAAAUUUGUAUGGUACACAUCCAUUCUAUAUGGGCAUAGAAGAAGAUGGUCAAGCAUUCGGUGUUCUUAUCUUCAAUUCUAAUGCUCAAGAUUACAAAUUUGAUGAAUUUGUAGAAAAUCAAGCGAUGCUUACCUAUCGAACCAUUGGUGGUAUAUUAGACAUGUUCUUCUUUGCAGGACCUACUCCCGAAGAAGUUAUUAAACAGUAUCAAACUUUGAUCGGCCGACCUAUCAUACCACCAUAUUGGGCACUCGGAUUUCAGUUAUGCCGAUAUGGUUACAAUACAUUGAAUAAUAUGAAAGCAGCAAUGAUGCGAACCCUCAAUGGAAGUAUCCCUCUGGAUGUUAUGUAUGGUGACAUUGAUUAUUUCGAUAAACGUCUUGAUUUCACCUGGGAUCCAAAUAAUUUCAAAGGUUUACCCGAGUAUGUCGAUUGGUUACAUGAAAACGGAAUGAAAUUCAUAACGAUUUUGGAUCCUGCCAUUGAUUCGGAAGCAAAAAAUUACGAUGUCUACACUCGCGGGCAAGAUAAGGAUAUUUGGAUUAAAUGGCCUGCACGACGAAACGUCCAGUUUAGUGAAACUGGUAAUCGCAAUAUGCUCGGUUAUGUAUGGCCAGAUGGUAAAACAGUAUUUCCCGAUUUCUUUUAUCCACCAGCACAAGAGUGGUGGCAAUCGGAAAUUGCUCAGUAUCAUUCGAAAUUGAAAUUUGAUGGCCUCUGGAUUGAUAUGAAUGAGCCAGCUAAUUUUGAUACAAAUAAGCCAAGACCAUUCAACUAUAAUCGUCCUGAAGAUUGGAAUUUACAUUGUCCAAAAGACGAGUCAUUGGAAACGCCAAAAUAUAAAACAGCCAUUCUCGGAGAGUAUCUCUCCGACAAAACUAUGUGCAUGAUUGGUGAACAAACCGAUGGAAACGGCAAAACAUAUAGACAUUAUGAUGUACAUAAUCUGUAUGGGUGGUCAGAAACAGUCGCUUCGUUACCAGCGGCGCGUGCAUUAGAAAAUAAACGUUCAAUCGUUAUCAGUCGUUCAACGUUUCCAACAUCGGGUGCCAUGAGUGGUCAUUGGUUAGGUGACAAUUCAGCAAAUUGGGCACAUCUCAAAUACAAUAUCAUUGGAAUAUUAGAAUUCAAUUUGUUCGGUAUCCCUUAUGUUGGCGCGGAUAUUUGCGGCUUUGAAGGUACUACAACAGAACAGAUGUGUCAACGAUGGAUGCAACUGGGUGCUUUCAAUCCAUUCUUCCGCAAUCACAACGGCUUGAAUUAUCCUGAUCAUGAUCCUGGCAACUUCCGACCUGCUGUUGUCGAUUCGAACCGUCGAGUUGUUGAAACACGUUAUACUCUUAAUCCAUAUCUAUACACAUUAUUUUAUCGAGUUCAUCGCAGUGGAGGCACAGUUGUUCGUUCUAUGGCACAUGAGUUUCCAACUAUACCAGAAUGUUGGUCAUUGGAUGAACAAUUCUUAUGGGGUUCACAUCUCUUGAUCGCACCAGUUAUCAAAGAAGGACACGAACAUAAAGAUGUCUAUCUACCAGCCACCGAACGAUGGUUUGAUUAUUAUACUGGUGCAGAGUACACUACAUUUGGUCAUAUCACUGUCACAGCACGAAUGGACUAUCUACCAUUGUUCAUACGUGGUGGUGUUAUUAUUCCUCAUCAGCAAAGUGCUCUGAACACAGUUCUGUCACGAAAGAAAUCAUUCUUUCUAGUUAUUGCACUAGACAAACGUGGCAAAGCGCAAGGUGAUCUAUUUUGGGAUGAUGGUGAAUCAAUCGAUACGUUUGAAAGAUCACAGUUUAACCAUUUCAUCUUUACAUGCAAUUCACAGCGUUUACUUCUCGAACCGUGGACAUUUGAUUAUCCUCAAAUGGAUAGAGAAGUUAAAUUAGAUGAAAUUAAAAUCUAUGGUAUGAGCAUGCGGCCGACCAGUAUUACAUGGAACGGACAACAAUUGACUCCGUCCGUUCAAUGGGCCUAUGACGACAAGAUUAAUGUCUUACGUAUGAAAGCAUUAGCUUUAGAUAUGGCAAGUUCGCAUAAGUUUCUCAUGAAUUAA